AUGAUAUUUUUGUUUUUUGUGUGUAUCACAGGAUGGGUUUUCUGGUCCCUUUACGGCUGCUGUGCCUACCGCCACAGGGCGGUUGCAGGGAAAACCGUUCUGAUCAUUGGUGGUUCCUCGCCGCUGGGGAGGUGCCUCGUCAUGCGCUUCCUGCAGCUCGGUGCCAAAGUUAUUGUAUGGGACGGCGACAAGGGGAGGUUGAAUAAGCUUGUGGAGGAGUUCGGCCCUACCAACCCAAAUCAAGAUGAGGAGGGGGAAUGCACACUAGGUGAUGACACACAUUUGACCCCGAAGAUGAUGGAGACGUGCAAGGAUGAGCAGUUUUCGAUGAGUGUUGUUGAUUUGGCAAGCCGCGUUCAACUGCAACGUGCAGCAAAACGACUGGGGUCUGUACAUAUCAUUGUGAAUGCUGCAGAUUUGUGUGGUUCUAGACAUUUUUUUGAUCGAAGCGAUGAGUCCAGUGAAAGAAUUUUGUUGAGCAAUGCUCUGUGCUCAAUCGUUCUUGCUAGGGCAUUGUUACCAGGGAUGCUGCAGCAGAAGGAUGGCCACUUUGUCACCAUCACCAGUGCAGCAGGGGUGAUGGGGAACGCCAAGCAUCCUGACUAUGCUGCCUCACACUGGGCCUCUGUUGGGGCACACGAAAGCUUACAGCUACUGAUUAGAGAGAUGAAAGGAAGCAGAAACGUGCGCACAACGCUUUGUUGCUCUUUCAGUAGCUUUCGAGCCGCCUCAACGGUGCCACGUUUUUCAUUUGUUGAUGAGAAUCAAUUGGUGGAUGAAAAAAAAAACUAA